GCCCCGCGCGUGUGUGUGUGUGUGUGUGCUGAGUCUCUGCAGCAUAACUAAGACACGCGACUUUAUACAAACAUAAUUUACACCAAUCCUACUCACGCAAACUCUUACUGCAGUUCCGUUGGUUGAUUUAUGAAAUCCGGAAGUAUCGAAUAUGUCGCCGUCAUGGGAAAACUACUUUACUGAUACCUUAUGUCAUUUUUGACACUUUCCGAAACUAGUUUAGUAAAAUGUUGCGUGACAUACUUACUCCAACUGUGGAAGGUCGAUUAAAGCGGCAAAGUGGAGUUUCAGAAGAAAGCUGACUUUAAUUUGUGUCUAAAACACGAGACAUGUAGAGAGCUGCAACCUGAGUCGUGUUACUACAAAUGGACAUGCAGUCUGGACUUGGUAUUCGUCUCUCACUGAAGCAAAGAUAUCUUCUUUUGCUCAUUGCUAUCGGAUUAGUUAUUGCAUACCACUUUACAAGGGAUCGCCCUGAAUCAAGUAGAAUGGCCCGUGUGGAAGGCUUGAGGGCCAACUCAUCUCAGUUCACUCUGGAGGGAAAACCCCUCCGCAUCCUGGGUGGCUCUAUCCACUACUUCCGAGUCCCCAGAGCCUACUGGGAGGACCGUCUGCUGAAGAUGAGGGCCUGUGGUCUCAACACUCUCACAACGUAUGUGCCUUGGAAUCUUCAUGAGCCUGAGCGAGGGGUGUUCAACUUUGAGGAUCAGCUGGAUCUAGAAGCCUACCUCCGUCUGGCAGCCAGCCUGGGCCUCUGGGUGAUUCUGCGUCCAGGGCCAUACAUCUGUGCAGAGUGGGAUCUAGGAGGUCUGCCCAGUUGGCUGCUGCGGGAUCAAAACAUGAAACUAAGAACAACCUAUCCAGGAUUUACUCAGGCAGUCAACCCCUUCUUUGAGAAGCUCAUUAAGAAAGUUGUUCCAUAUCAGUACUCCAAGGGUGGCCCAAUUAUCGCGGUUCAAGUGGAGAAUGAAUAUGGCGCCUAUGCAAAAGAUACAGCAUACAUGCCUUUCAUCAAGGAGGCGUUAUUGUCGAGGGGCAUCACAGAGCUGCUGCUGACUUCAGACAGCAAGGACGGACGAGCGCUCGGAGGAGUGAAAGGAGCUCUAGAAACCAUCAAUUUCCAGAAACUUCUUGAUGAAAUCAAGUAUCUGGAUGAAAUACAACCCCAGAGGCCUAAGAUGGUGAUGGAGUACUGGUCAGGCUGGUUUGAUCUUUGGGGGGACCUUCAUCAUGUUUACCCCGCUGAGGAGAUGACUCGUGUGGUCACAGAGAUCCUUAAACUGGACAUGUCCAUCAACCUCUACAUGUUCCAUGGGGGGACAAAUUUUGGCUUCAUGAAUGGGGCAUUUGCUGUUGGAAUACCAGCUGCUAAACCUAUGGUAACUAGCUAUGAUUACGAUGCUCCAUUAUCCGAGGCUGGGGAUUACACCACCAAGUACCAUCUUCUGAGGAAUUUAUUCAGCCUCUACCACACCCAGCCUCUACCUGAAUUGCCCCCUCUCCACGAGAGGAGGGCGUACCAUCCUGUUGUCAUUCAGCAGCAUGUGUCUCUGUGGGACAGCCUGCAUUUCACUGACAAGCCUUUUAAGUCUGAGCGGCCUGUGAACAUGGAGAAUCUUCCUGUCAACAAUAACAAUGGCCAGUCCUAUGGCUACACUCUGUAUGAGACCACCAUCACGAGUGCGGGAACCCUCAACUCGAAGAACAACAUCAAAGACAGAGCACUGGUUUUCGUGGACAAACAUUUCAUCGGUGUUCUGGAUUAUAAGACGCAAGAGCUUUCACUUCCUGAGGGGAAGGGACGAAGGACACUCGGUCUACUGGUGGAGAACUGUGGAAGAGUGAAUUAUGGGAAAACCUUGGAUGAGCAGCGCAAAGGACUUGUUGGAGACAUCGAGUUUAACAAGCAGGUCCUCCGAGACUUCAUUAUCCAUAGUCUGAGUAUGAAGCCAGGCUUUGUAAACAGGCUCGAGAAUUCAGGUCACUGGAUGUCAAUGCGUCAGCGACCCUCCUUCCCGGGGUUUUUCCAGGCCAAACUCUAUGUGAACACUUUUCCUAAAGACACCUUCAUCAAACUCCCUGGCUGGGGAAAAGGGGUAGUGUUCAUCAAUGGGAAGAAUCUAGGGCGGUACUGGUCCAUAGGUCCUCAGCAAACUCUCUAUGUCCCAGGUCCAUGGCUGCACAGGGGAAAUAACCAGGUCAUUGUGUUUGAAGAGCAGGAAACAGAUGGUAAAAUUCUGUUUGCCAGCAGCCCUGACUAUGGCAUGCCUGUUGAUGUCCAGUGAGGGCAAGAGGAUGGGGAGGGGAGAGGAUGGACAAGGAGAGGAGGAUGAUGAGAGAGGGCACAACUCAGACUAUGGCAGUGAGCUUCGUCCUCUCGGGCAGCGACUGUGAUCAUCAGCCUUCAGAAGUGACACGAGUCAGCGAGUGUGACAUUUUGAGUCCAAUCAGACUAUAUUUAUGGCAUUCUGUUGAUUCCCUUUCAUUCAGUUUAGUAACUGUGUCAUUAACUCAUAUGCUGCAUAAGUGGGGACCAAGAGACUGUGACAGAUAAUGAUCUAAUGAAGUGCUUUAAAGUCUCUUUACAGGGUUGAUUUAUAAAAAUAAACACGGUAGAAACACUGUAAAUGAAAUCCAGUUUCACCUCUGUGUCAAUAUCCAAUGCCAAGGAUGCUUGUUUUAUUUACCCUGCAAAAUCAGAGCCUGUUUAAUAUGAUAUGGUUUUUACUCCAUAUUUUCCUUCCUAAGAUAUUCUGUUAGCCCGUGUAGAGAGGUCAAAUCCCACACUGUGAUUGGGGAUUUUUUCUUUUGAACACUCAUCCAUGUGUGUUGUGCUAAGGAGUCAGCUUGCUAUCACAGUUAUAAUCUUUUAAGAGCAAUGCUAUGAAGCUGUGCUAACACAUCAGACUACUGAGCAGAGUUUAUUUUUUCUUUUAACAGAAUUGCAGCAUACAAGCUAAAUAUGAUAAAAUGUACAAAAAGUUAGGCCAGGCUUCCUGUGGUGCUGGAAAUCCUGGAAAAUGUUACAACAGCUGUUCAUAAACGGUCAAAUUUGUUUGCUUUGUGGAGAUUUAUUUUCAUCACUCAUAGUAAGCCUUACAUCGAAAGGAGUACAUUUUGUAAUGCGGCUAAUGGAACAAACGUUGGCUAAAUGAACAUAAGGUUGUUCUGUUUUAAUUUUCAAAGAAGGAAUAAAAGAAAGUUGAUUGACCUGA